UCUCUCUCUCUCUCUCUCUCUCUCUCUCUCUCUCUCUCUCUCUCUCCUCUGCAAAAACUAGCAAAGGUGUGUGUGCUUGCCCCACCCCCAACUAGUUCACAACAUGGAAUGCUGCCAGCAAAAGCUUCAUCUUUCCACUAAAUUUUGCUUCAUGUAGAUGAUGAGAAAGGAAUGAAAGGACUUGUACUUCAUGCUUCAAGAGUUGUAAUCUUCUUGAGAUCUUGAAAGUGAAAAGAGUAGACUUUUUUUCACAGAUUUACAAUGCCAGUUCCUCUAGCUCCAUAUCCAACUCCUCCUGCGCCACUUACAACUCCGACCGUUGGAUCUCAAAGCCAGCUAGUGUGUUCAGGAUGUCGAAAUCUUCUCCUUUAUCCCGUUGGAGCAACUUCAGUAUGCUGUGCUGUUUGCAAUGCAGUCACCUCUGUUCCUCCUCCUGGCACUGAAAUGGCUCAGUUGGUUUGUGGAGGCUGCCAUACAUUGCUCAUGUACAUCCGUGGUGCGACAAGUGUACAGUGUUCUUGCUGUCACACCAUCAAUUUAGCCUUAGAAGCAAAUCAAGUGGCACAUGUCAAUUGUGGAAACUGUAGGAUGCUUUUAAUGUAUCAAUAUGGGGCACGUUCAGUGAAAUGUGCAGUUUGUCAAUUUAUUACGUCCGUUGGGGCGUCAACAAGUGCUACAGAACAGAAGUUCAAUGCGUAACACUUGAAAUUUCAUAUUAAAUGGUGACCCAAGAUUCUACGUAUUAUUACAUAUAUGUAUAAUGUAUAGAGUUACAUAUCUCCUCUUGCGUUAGACUAUCAUCAUCUUUUUCAUAAAUAUUAUGGUGAUCAUAAAGAAUAAGAGUACGUAAAAUUGGAUAUACAAGAAUAUAUUCGAUUAUGAGAGGACAUUUAUUUAUAUGGUUGUAAGUUGGUGUUUGGUUUUUUUCAGAUAAUGAGAAGUUUUAUAUAUAUUGUUGAUA